UAUACACGAUCGACGUUCAGCGUCGACAGCAAAUACAAUGGACUACCAACGAUAUUUCAAUGAGGUCGCUAAGUCCCGCAAGCCGUCUCCAAUUCAUCAACUUACUGAAGUGCUGUUGACAGGGCCGCCCACCCUGAUCUCGCUUGCACCAGGUAUACCUAACGUGGACAUGUUUCCCUUUGAGAAGUCAAGCAUUACACUCAAAGAUGGUACUGAACUCAUAAUGACACCGGAGGAGAUGAAGACAGCACAACAGUAUGGUGUCACACAAGGGUUUGGUGAUUUACGUGACUGGCUGAUGGCCCUACAGGUCAAAAUACACAACCCUCCAACGCAGAGCAGAACAGAUGGGAGUAAACUUGAAAUGGUUAUUACAGCAGGGAGUCAACAUGGACUAUGUAUGGCUUGUGAAGAUCUUAUAUCGAGAGGUGAUAAGGUGCUAGCUGGUGUACCAUUGUAUUCUGGUGCUAUUGCAAUGAUGGAGCCACUCGGGGCAGACAUUAUCCCUGUUAACGUAGAUGAUGGUGGUUUGAAUCCAGACCACCUAGAACAGAUCCUCUCCAGGUGGGAUCCAGAGGAUGCCAAGAAAGAAGGAUCAGAUAUACCAAAGCUGCUGUACAUUGUUCCUAAUGGGGAUAAUCCAACAGGUAGCUGUGUUACUCUUGAGAGGAGGAUGAGAAUCUAUGAACUAGCCAGAAAAUAUGAUCUGCUGAUUCUGGAAGAUGAUGCCUACUACUUCCUACAAUUUGGAAAGGAAAAGAGUCCAAGUUUUCUUUCCAUGGAUGAGGAUGGAAGGGUCCUCAGGUUUGAUUCUUUUGCCAAAAUAAUAUCUGCAGGCCUUCGUGUUGGUGUAUGUACCGGUCCCCAGGCAGUGGUGACACGCAUCGUCAUGCAUAUGCAGGCUUCUGUCCUUCACACAAGUGUACUCACCCAACUCACCUUGUACAAGUUGCUCAACCACUGGGGUAUUGAUGGACUCGUGAACCAUGCAGAGAAGGUAGCUGCCUUCUACCAACGCAAAAGAGAUGUCCUACUUGCUGCUAUGGACAAACACUUAACAGGUCUGGCCAAGUGGAAUGUCCCUACCGGUGGCAUGUUUAUAUGGAUCGAGCUGACUGGUGUUGAGGAUUCCUAUGAACUCAUCACCGAGAAGGCUAUGGAGAAAGAGGUCAUGUUUGUACCUGGUAUAGCGUUCUACCCGGACAAGACUAAACCGUCACCAUUCAUCAGGGCCUGUUACUCUGUCUGCUCCGACGAAAAUAUGGAUGAGGGUAUUCGGAGACUAGCUGAGCUGCUGAAAGAGGAGGGGAAGUUCAAGCAGAACGUCGGGAUUUCGAUUUAAUUUCUUUGUCUCUCUUUUUUUUAAACUUAGGAAAAUCCAAUCAAUCCGAUGAGAACUAGAAGGGCAUUGCUUUAUUUAUGCUAAAAGGCAUUACAUCAUGCCAUUAAUAUCUUAAUGUAUACAUCUCUUGAACACUUUAGUAAGGAAUAUUGUACAUCAAACGGCAGGAAUACAUCUCUUCUUUCAGCAGGCCUAAACUUAAAAGGUGUCUAUGCGCGCCCGCGUUAGUCAUCGCGUCUUCUUGUCUACUCGCGCGCGUAUUUCCUUGCGCGACCCAUACGGCGUGGUCAACACAUUCAUGCAUCUAUGGAGACGUCUUGGUGGCGUCACUGCUAAUCCCGUUUCCGGAAGCAGUUCAUAUUACGACUGAAAAUAUACCACUUUAAUAUGAUUGAUUUUAAUAAAUGAUAACAAAAAGUAAACAAUUCCAAAUUUUUAAGCCGAAGUAUAGUUACUACUUUCUAAUAAGUAUAUGUUUCUAGAUUAGUAAAUGCUUGAAUGCUUAUUAACCAAAGUGAUAAUUCAGCAGUAUCUAGUGUUUUUCCAAGCAGAUCUAUUUAUAAUUUUUGUACUCGAUUUUCAACUUUAAAGUCAAACUUCUGUACAUUGAUGAAAAUAUGUUACUUUUAUAAUGCAAGUAGUAGUCUUUACCCCCGUAUACCUAUUACCUUUUAAGGCAUACCAUACCCUUUGUCUGGUGAAGCGCAUUACCGUUUUUACUCAAUUUAUUACCAACAUAUUUGUUUCCAAUAUUUUGUUAAUUCAAUAACGGGGUUGAUAACUAAUCUUUAAAGUCGAUAUUUCUAAAUCUUAUAUUCCGAUUUAGCCUACAAUUUAUAUGUGUUAUCAUAUUCAAAGUGAAAGGUUAUGAAUAAGAUUUUUAGCAAUUACCUAAGUUACACAUUUUACUUAUCUAGCUUAUGGUUUUACUUAAAGCUUUUAAUAGUUAGUAAUUACUCAUUUUUAUGAAUACGGCUUAAUGUUUGUGAGUUCAUUUUUCAUGGACCUUUAUUUACCAUGGGCCGUCAACAAUACAAUGCACUGACAUUUUAAGCGUAUAUUCUUUUUGAAAUUAAAACGAUAACAGAAAACAGUUUGAAAUGCAUUAUCAGUACUUUCAAUUGUAUUUCAUGUGUAGAUUAGUAUAGACAAAGUCUGAAUUACAAUUCAGCCUUAAUAUCUUGAGUUGUCACUACCAUAAGUCAAAGCCGUUGCACUUUAAAAGAAGCCUUGAUUUAUUUGUGGUAUAUUAUCUGUGUGUGUGUUUUUUUAGAAAAAAAUCUCAAAUGUAAUGAAUAAAUCAGGUAUUACUAGUAUUACAUGAUGAUCAGUAUCUCCAGUUUUAUAUGUAAGUAAAGGGAUUAUAUUUAAUUAUGUUAAAAAGGUGUUUUUUUCUUUACGUUAAUAUAAGGAGGACUGAGCAUUAUUAAGACAUUUAACUAAUGAUAAAUGGAAUGUAUCAUACUAACCGGUAUGGUAAAUGGGAUGUUACCUUGUAUAUUAUUGUGAGAUUAUCAUAUUCCA